AUGUGUUUCUGGAACAUUGGUUCCCCCACUCCCAGCUAUCCAUGCACUCUUUGUAUCAUAAAAUCAAUACUAUUCCCUCCGAAAAAGAAGAAGCCAUUCCCACUACUCUAUCUUCCAUUCGUCGCAUUACACUCAGUGAUAAAAAUGAUGGAUCCACAUGAGUUAGUGAAACUAUCAAUGUGCUCCUAUAGACUGGAACUAUUUCUCAGAUGUUCUAAACGGAAGAUCGAACAUCUUCAUAUUCAUUUGAACAAAAAAUUCUAUCAUAUUGAGCUGGUCAAUGGGAAUGCUCGUUUUGUUACCUAUUUUCGAAAUGGAGAAUUUGAAAAACCAGUGAUUACUGUAAAAAGAAUGUUGCAGUUUUGUGGAAGUUAUGAGUCAGAAUCCGACAAACGUCUCACAUUUACCCAACUAUUCCCGCUUUCUCUCUGUUUCGACGUCUCCCAUCUCCUCCUCUCCCUAUAUUCAUGCCCCCUUAUUGGUUGGGUAUUCUACAUGGAUCAACAGGAUGUUGAGACCGUCCGUCGAUAUUUGGAUAUAAUCCUUCAGGGGAGAUGCGACAAGAUCACAUUCUUCCGUAGCGAGAUGAGCUCUGAGUUUUUGACAGAGUUGAUGGACAAGAUACCAUUGGAUAAGAAAUUGAGAAUCGAGUCUAACAUUCCGUCGGAUUUCAGACAUCCUAAUGCUCUUAAGUUCUACGUUUCGCAAUAUAAAAAUGGGCGGUGGAUCACGUUGGAUGACCUGAAAACGAUUCGAAAUGUUUUGUAUGUUUUUCUAGAUUCCACUAUUUUCAACUGCCACGAUAUCAAUGAAUUCCUUCACUAUUGGAUUAACUGUGAUGAGAAGAUGUUUGGUCAAAUGGAAUUACAGUUGGAUGAAAGUGUGGAAAUUGAUGAAGAUGUUCUGAAAGACGGAUUGAUCACUUUGCGGCCCGAACAACAACCGGAUGAAUUUCUGUCUUUAUAUUUGUAA